CGGUGUCGGUGAGCGGUGCCGCCUCAAGACAGCCUCCCCGCUCGGACAGUACGACGAGCUCGCAAGAUGGCGGCGGCCGAGCGAAUUGCGGCCGCGAAGGUACGACUGGCGCACUUCCGGGACCGUCCCCUCGCCGUGACGCGCUUCCCGCCCCUCCCCGCGGGCACCGCGGCGUCCGACGCCGUUGCCAAGGCAGCGGCCUGAGCUCCCGGCUAGGGCUUUUCGGGGAUCCCGGUAGCCGCAGGCGCGCCGGGGGCAGUUUCGGGAGCCGACCAGACACGAAGGCUGAAGCCGCGACGCCGAAGACAGGGUCUGAAGAGCUACUCAGAGCCAACCCUGCACUGGAGACAGGAAGCCGGGCACCUGGAUGAGCCUCUGACCCAGAGCCCUGGAGCCCACAGGCUCGUCUGAGAACUAGACACACUCAGUCACUCCAGCUCCACGGGCAGGCACCUGCACAGAGGAUCUGUGAGGAUGGCGCACCUGCUGGGCAGCCAGGCCUGCAUGGAGAGCCUGCGCACAGACCUCACCGACCUGCAGGGUGCCAUCGUAGACGUCUUCUCCCGCGCCGGGCCUGUGCGCUUCCCCUCCUGGAAGUUCCCUGACCGCAUGGCCUGUGACCUCGACAUGGUGGCCCUGCUGGAGCACUAUGACCAUGUUCCGGGUGACCCCGAGUUCACGCAGCUGUCCCAUGCCGUGCUGCUGGAGCUGGUCAUCGACAGGCUCCUGCUGCUGCUUCAAAGCUGUAUGAGCUACUUGGAGAACCUUGGCUCAGAGCAGAUGAUGCCCCCUGCACAGGCUGCGGGGCCCUGCAUGUCCGUGGGGCUCACGGUGCGGCGCUUCUGGGACAGCCUGCUGAGGCUGGGCACGCUCCACCAGCAGCCACUCCCCCAGAAAGGGGCAAACCAAAGGGAGAUUCCCACCUCCAAGCCCACCACCAAGGGCGAGCCAGCCAGGAGCCCUGAAUAUCUGACUGCCAAGUUCAUCAAGCCCUCCUCCCCAGUGCUAGGCUUGCCCCAGACCUGCCAAGAGCCAGAGAGCAUCCCUGUCAGAGCCUCCCUGCAGUUCCCAGCCACGACCUCCAAGAACACCAGGAGUGUCCACUCCCAGACCAUUGAGACGGCCCUGGUGCCCUGUGACGCAUGCGCCAGCGUCCAGGGAAGCCUGCGGAAGGUGGGCAAGGUGGUCAUCAGCCUGUGUCAGAGCCAGAACCUGCCCUCGUCCUUAGGCCAGUUCCAGCAACUGGUGCAGGACAGCAUGGGGCUCAGGCCACUGCCGGCUGCCACCGUGGGCCGCUGGGCAGCAGAGCAGAGGAAAGACCUGACGCGCCUCAGUAAGCAUGUGGAGGCCCUCAGGGCCCAGCUGGAGGAGGCCGAAGGGCAGAAGGAUGGCCUGAGGAAGCAGGCGGGCAAGCUGGAGCAGGCGCUGAAACAGGAGCAGGGGGCACGGCAGCAACAGGCGGAGGAGGAUGAGCAGUGCCUGUCUGAGUGGGAGCACGACAAACAGCAGCUGCUCACAGAAACAAGUGACCUAAAGACAAAGAUGGCCACCCUGGAGAGAGAACUGAAACAGCAGCGGGAGUCCACGCAGGCUGUGGAGGCAAAGGCCCAGCAGCUGCAGGAGGAAGGUGAGCGCAGGGCGGCAGCGGAGAGGCAGGUGCAGCAGCUGGAGGAGCAGGUGCAGCAGUUGGAGGCGCAGGUGCAGCUGUUGGUGGGUCGGCUGGAGGGCGCUGGCCAGCAGAUCUGCUGGGCCAGCACGGAGCUGGAUAAGGAGAAGGCCCGUGUCGACAGCAUGGUCCGCCAUCAGGAGUCUCUGCAGGCCAAGCAGCGAGCCCUGCUAAAGCAGCUGGACAGCCUGGACCAGGAACGUGAGGAGCUGCGGGGCAGCCUGGACGAGGCUGAGGCCCAGCGGGCCCGCGUGGAGGAGCAGCUGCAGAGCGAGCGGGAGCAGGGGCAAUGCCAGCUCAGGGCCCAGCAGGAGCUGCUGCAGAGCCUGCAGAGGGAGAAGCAAGGCCUGGAGCAGGCGACUACGGACCUGCGGCUAACCAUCCUGGAGCUAGAACGGGAGCUGGAGGAGCUGAAGGAGCGGGAGCGGCUGCUGGUGGCCUUCCCAGACCUGCACAGGCCCACCGAGACCCAGAUCCAUGGAGGCAGAUCCAGCAGCGUGGAAUCCCAGAUAACAUGUCCCACAGACUCUGGCAACGUCACAGAUCACAUGGAGAGGCAAGUGCAGGCCAACGACAUCCGCAUCCGGGUCCUACAGGAGGAGAACGGGCGGCUCCAAUCAAUGCUGUCCAAAAUCCGGGAAGUGGCCCAGCAGGGUGGCCUCAAGCUGAUCCCGCAGGACCGGCUCUGGUCCCCUUCCAGCAAGGGAACCCAGGGAGCAACACCACCAGUCCAGGCCCAGAGCAUAUCCCCAGGGCCUCUGGGCAGACAGCACCUUCCUAGCAGCAGGACGGGUAGGACCCUGCUGGGCCAGCCCUGCACAUCCCCAUCUCGGCAGCCCUGCGCAUCCCCAUCUCGGCAGCCCUGCGCAUCCCCAUCUCGGCAGCCCUGCAGCCAGCCCAGCAAGUCCUUGCUGGAGGGUGUGACCCACUUGGACACCUGCACCCAGAACCCCAUCAAGGUCUUGGUCAGGCUGAGAAAGAGACUGUCACCUGGCCGGGGACAGGCCAGCUCUGCACACCAGCCCCAGGAGCGGCCCAUGUAGCCUGUGGCCCAGGGCUGAGGCUGGAUGGGAGGUGGCUGGCAGCCCACCCACUGUAAUAAAGCCCCAGCCAUUGGCCCACAGCAAUCUUUGCCUCACAGUAUGACUGAGCCAAGGAAAGAACCCUUCCUUCCCUGUCCUGGGCAGGGGCCACUGAGUCCCCAGCCAUGUAGUUCAGUCAGUCAGCAGAGUCCUGGCACUAUGGGCCCUCAGUAAAAGGGGCCUUCCUGCUUCCCUCCCGACAGAGGCUGUGGGAUAGGAGAGUACACCCAGGGCAGAGGAAGCUCCUAGGACCUGGGCCAGGUGAAGGGCCGUUUUUCUAUCCCCAGAGCAAGGGUCGAGGGGUGAAGCUGGGCUCAGUGGCCCGCACUGACUCAGGAAGGGGUCAGGUGGGAGUGGACAGAGGAAGGGCCGGUGAGGAUGUCUGAAGCAGGCAGAGGGCAGCAACGCCUUCAGCCUCCCACCCUGGCUCUGGACCUGCGCUGGGCACAUUAAGGACCCAAGAGGUCAGGCCUCCUUUCACUGAGGAACUCCUUGCCUUUAGGAAAUGGUGACGGUCAUGAAGGUUUCUCUAAAUCCUGGAGGUCAUAGCCCCAGGAGGCCACUGAAGGCAGGGCAAGGCCUCCACCAAGCAGAGGACACCCUGCCAGCCCCGGCUUUCCCAUCCCUGUCCCUUGGGGGUUUCUUCAGCCCAGGGUGCCAUGCGGCCAAGCAUCUGGGGCUCUGGUUUUCCUCAUGAAGCCACCAGCCUACCCUGAGCCACCUCACCUGUGAAUGACAAUCUCCAAAAACUUGCUGAGGCCUUCUCAGGGUGCACGCUCCCAAAUGCCUGAAGCAUUUUCCCUUGGUGAAGAGGCCGUCAGGUAGAGCACCUCAGUUCACAGAGAAGGGUCAAGAGGGGCCAUGUAUAUAGCUGAGCUACCACAGCUUUGGUCAGCCCAACUUCCUGCUUCUGAGGGGCCUGGGAGUUCCUGAGGGAGGCUGGGGUGCCCCGGGCACCCCCCUCACAGGGGAGCACCAUCCCUCAGCACCCUGAGCCAGAAGGCCUGUGCUCAAGUCCAGGGGAAGGACCUCACAGCUGAGUAGCUCUCUCAGGCGCCCACCAACUCUGUGCCAUGUAUUCAUUAGCUCCCAGUUCUGGCAGUCAGAAGUCCAGGUUCUGUGUGGCUGGGUUUUUUUGCUCCGGGUCCCAGAGGGCUGAAAUUGAGGCAUCUACCAGGUUGCGUUCCUUUCUGCCGGUUCUGGGGAAGAAUUGGCUUCCAAGCUCCACUUGUUGGCAGAAUUCCAAUCCUUGCGGCUGUGGGACUGAGGUCCCCAUGUCCUCGCUGGCUGGCUGUAAGCCAGGUCCUCUCACGGCUCCUAGAGGCCGUCCACCUUCCUUGCCAUGGGGCUCCCUCCAUCUUCAAGUCAACAACAGAGGAUUUCUCAUGUGCUGAAUCCCCCACAUGCUUCAAAUCCCUGACUUCCUCCUCUUCUACCAGCAGAAAACUACUUUGAAUAGGCUCAUGUGGUUAGGGCAAGGCUCACACUCAAAUACUUUCCCUAUCUUCAGGUCAGCUUGCUAUAAGACAGAACCCAACCAUGGGCGUAAAAUCCCUUUGAGAAGCCGGGCGCAGUGGCUCACGUCUGUAAUCCCAGCACUUUGGGAGGCCGAGGCAGGCGGAUCACCUGAGAUCGGGAGUUCGAGACCAGCCUGACCAACAUGGAGAAACCCCGUCUCUACUAAAAAUACAAAAUUAGCCGGGCGUGGUGGCGCAUGUCUGUAAUCCCAGCUACUCGGGAGGCUGAGACAGGAGAAUUGCUUGAACCCGGGAGGCGGAGGUUGCAGUGAGGCGAGAUCACGCCAUUGCACUCCAGCCUGGGCAACAAGAGUGAAACUCCAUCUCAAGAAAUAAAAAUAAAAUAAAUAAAUAAAAUCCC